AUGUCGGUGGAUGGAAUACACUGGGAGAGAGGCUCGAGUCGUGCGAGUGGCGGCGACUCAACAGAUGUAGAUGGCGCCGCACACGACCAAAGAACCAGCUCGAGUCCCGACGUCACCAGAACGUUGGAGAAGGCCGAUUCCAAAGUCGUCCGCGCAGUUGAAGAAUCAGACAACGACCCGUUCAGGAAUCUCCCCGCCCAUGAAGCCGAAAUCCUCAAGAGACAAGUCAACACGCCCAACGUCAAGACGGGCUUUGCCAUGUUGUAUCGAUAUGCCUCGACCAACGACCUCCUCAUCAUUGCUGUCAGCUCCUUAUGCGCCAUUGCUGGCGGUGCUGCCUUGCCCUUGAUGACGGUCAUCUUUGGCAACCUGCAGGGGACUUUCCAAAGCUACUUUGCCGGCGCUGGCAUGACCUACGACGAGUUCGUAAGCGAGAUGACCCAUCUCGUUCUGUAUUUUGUUUACCUGGCCAUUGGCGAGUUCGUCACCAUCUACGUCGCAACCGUCGGUUUCAUAUACACGGGCGAGCACGUGAGCGCCAAGAUCCGAGAGCAUUACCUGGAGAGCUGCAUGCGUCAAAACAUUGGCUUCUUCGACAAGCUGGGCGCCGGCGAGGUCACGACGCGAAUCACUGCAGACACCAACUUGAUCCAGGAUGGCAUAUCUGAAAAGGUCGGACUGACUAUGACGGCCGUGGCCACCUUCGUCUCCGCCUUCGUCAUCGGUUUCGUCCAGUACUGGAAACUCACGUUGAUUCUGACUUCGACCGUGUUCGCCCUGAUGUUCUGCAUGGGCGGCGGCUCCCGGUUCAUGAUCAAGUACAAUAAGAACUCGAUUGAGUCGUACGCGCUGGGAGGAAGUGUUGCUGAGGAGGUCAUUAGCUCCAUUCGAAACGCAGUGGCUUUCGGCACCCAGGACCGUCUCGCAAAGCAGUAUGAUGCCCACCUGACCAAAGCCGAAUACUUUGGCUUCCGAACCAAGACGACGCUCGGCUGCAUGGUGGCAGGGAUGAUGCUGAUUCUCUACCUCAACUACGGUCUGUCGUUUUGGAUGGGAAGCACCUAUCUCAUUGAUGGCGAGACGUCGCUGUCCAAGGUGCUCACCAUCAUGAUGUCCGUCAUGAUCGGUGCCUUCAAUUUGGGCAACAUUGCCCCGAAUGUGCAGGCCUUCGGCACGGCCAUCGCUGCCGCUGCCAAAAUCUUCAGCACCAUCGACCGAGUUUCGCCAUUGGAUCCGACCAGCGACGCGGGCGAACGGCCCGAUCACGUCGAGGGCACCAUUCGUCUGGAGCACAUCAAGCACAUCUACCCUUCACGGCCGGAUGUUGUCGUCAUGAAGGAUGUGAGUCUGGAGAUCCCGGCGGGCAAGACCACCGCCUUGGUAGGCGCCUCGGGCUCGGGAAAGAGCACCAUCGUUGGCCUGGUCGAGCGCUUCUACGACCCAGUCGCCGGAAAGGUCUACCUCGAUGGCCGUGACAUCAGCACCUUGAACUUGCAGUGGCUUCGCCAACACGUCUCGUUGGUCUCGCAAGAACCAACUCUGUUCGGCACGACUAUCUACGGCAAUAUCAGAUACGGUCUCAUCGGUACCAAACAUGAGAAGGAGAGCGACGAAAAGCAAAGGGAGCUCGUCAUCGAAGCUGCCAAGAAGGCAAACGCCCAUGACUUCAUUUCGGAUCUUCCCGAAGGUUACGAGACUAACGUGGGAGAACGUGGUUUCCUCCUGUCUGGUGGCCAGAAGCAACGCAUUGCAAUCGCAAGAGCCAUCGUUUCUGAUCCUAAGAUUCUCCUGCUCGACGAGGCAACUAGUGCGCUUGACACGAAAUCGGAAGGCGUCGUACAAGCGGCAUUGGAGGUGGCUGCGGAAGGCCGUACGACUAUCACCAUUGCCCAUCGUCUCUCCACCAUUAAGGAUGCGCACAACAUCGUGGUCAUGACGCAAGGAACCAUCGUUGAGCAGGGCACCCAUGAUCAACUGCUGGAGAGACGCGGGGCCUACUACAACCUGGUCACAGCGCAAAACAUUGCCAAGGUCAACGAAUUGACCGCCGAAGAACAGGCAGAAAUCGACAACGAGGACGACAAGCUCAUUCGCAAGAUGUCUGCCCAGGACGGGGCAGCAGGCUCCUGCGAAAAUCCCCAAGACGACAUGCGCGCCAAGCUGCACCGGUCCACAACCCAGGGGUCCGCCUCGAGCCGAGCGCUGCAGGGCCACAAGGCCGAAGAGCAAAAGCAGUACAGUUUAUGGGUGCUCAUCAAGUUGAUUGCCUCGUUCAACCGGACCGAUUGGCAAUGGAUGGUCUUUGGUUGCUUCUGGUCGGCCAUUUGCGGCGGUGGUAACCCAGUGCAGGCAUUAUUCUUCGCCAAACAAAUUAUAACUCUCAGCCAACCUCUCCUGCCUGGUCUGACGGACCAAACCAAGAAAGACAGCGACUUUUGGAGUGUCAUGUACUUGAUGCUGGCUCUGGUUAUGUUCAUCGCCCAGCUGUUCCAGGGCAUCGCCUUCGCCAAAUGCUCGGAGCGUCUGAUCCAUCGGGUGCGAGACCGUGCUUUCCGCACUCUUCUUCGCCAGGAUGUUUCCUUCUUUGAUAAGGACGAGAACACGGCAGGUGCCCUGACAUCGUUCCUGUCUACCGAAACCACGCACGUCGCUGGUCUCAGCGGUGUCACGCUUGGGACGCUCAUUAUGGUGCUCACCACACUGAUUUCGGCUUGUUGUCUUGCUCUGGCCAUUGGCUGGAAGCUGGCUCUGGUCUGCAUUGCUACGAUCCCUGUUCUCCUGGCUUGUGGCUUCUUUCGCUUUUACAUGCUUGCUCACUUCCAGCGUCGGUCCAAAAACGCUUACGAGCAGUCUGCUUCGUAUGCCUCCGAAGCCAUCUCGGCCAUCCGCACCGUGGCCUCGUUGACUCGAGAGACGGAUGUCAUCACCCAGUACCAACACGCUCUGGCCGCGCAGCAGCGAUCUAGCUUGAACUCGGUUCUCAAGUCGAGUCUUUUGUACGCCGCCUCGCAGUCGUUUCUCUUCUUCUCCUUCGCCCUGGGCUUCUGGUACGGAGGAACCUUGAUCGCGAAGUACGAAUACGACCAGUUCCAGUUCUUCGUCUGUUUCUCGUCCAUCAUCUUCGGCGCUCAGUCCGCUGGCACCAUCUUCUCUUUCGCCCCCGACAUGGGCAAGGCUCACCACGCCGCUGCAGAGCUGAAGGCGCUCUUUGACAGAAAACCCGACAUCGACACGUGGUCCACGGACGGUGCCGAGAUUGAUUCCAUCGAAGGCACCAUCGAGUUCCGCGACGUCCACUUCCGCUACCCGACACGCACCGAACAGCCCGUCCUGCGCGGCCUGAACCUGACGGUCCGCCCGGGGCAGUACGUGGCCCUAGUGGGCGCAUCGGGCUGUGGUAAGAGCACCACCAUCGCGCUCCUGGAGCGCUUCUACGACCCGCUCGUGGGCGGCAUCUACGUCGACGGCAAGGAGAUCAGCUCCCUCAACGUGAAUCAGUACAGGUCCUUCAUCGCCCUCGUCUCCCAGGAGCCCACCCUCUACCAGGGCACCAUCCGCCAGAACAUCCUCCUGGGCGUCUCGCACGAGGUCACCGACGAGGCCAUCGAAUUCGCCUGCAAGGAGGCCAAUAUCCACGAUUUUAUCCUCUCCCUGCCCGACGGGUUCAACACCGUUGUAGGAAGCAAGGGCGCCUUGCUAUCCGGUGGACAGAAACAGCGCAUUGCGAUUGCGCGCGCGCUGAUUCGGGAUCCCAAGAUUUUGUUGCUCGACGAGGCGACGUCGGCGCUGGACUCGGAGUCGGAGCAUGUGGUGCAGGUGGCUCUGGAUAAGGCCGCUAAGGGUCGCACCACGAUUGCGGUUGCACAUCGACUGAGUACUAUCCAGCGCGCGGAUAUUAUUUAUGUGUUUGAUCAGGGCCGCAUCGUCGAGGAGGGCACGCACACAGAGCUCAUGCGCAAGAAUGGGCGGUAUGCUGAGUUGGUGAAUUUGCAGAGUUUGGAGAAGAGUGGGUAG